AUGCCGGUGAAUGCACCAUUCCUUAGACUUCAGAUGAAAAAGAAUGAUGAACAACAAUUCAAGUGCUUUCUUGAGCUCUUGAGGCAAUUGCAUAUCAACAUUCCACUUGUAGAGGCCCUGGAGCAAAUGCCAACAUAUGUCAAAUUUUUGAAGGACAUUUUGACAAAGAAAAGAAGAGUCAGUGAGACAGAAUUAAUCGCGCUAACACAGGAGUGCAACGCGUUAGUAAGCAACAGUCUACCCAAGAAACAGAAGGACCCUCGGAGCUUCACAGUUCCAUGCUCGAUCAGAGGGUUGGAUGUGGGACAUGCGUUGUGCGAUUUGGGAGCCAACAUUAAUCUCAUGCCACUCUCAAUCUUUAAGAAACUAGGAAUUAGUGAAGUACAACCCACUUCUGUUACUCUUCAGCUCGCUGAUAGAGCGAUUAAGUACCCUGAAGGAAAGAUUGAAGAUGUUCUGGUAAAGGUUGACAACUUCAUAUUCCCAGCAGGCUUUAUUAUUUUGGACUAUGAAGCAGAUAGGGAGGUACAAAUUAUCCUUGGACGCCCCUUCUUAGCUACUGGGAAAGUCUUAAUUGACGUGCAUAAAGGAGAAUUAAAUAUGCGCGUAGACAAUCAAGAGGUGAAGUUUAAUGUGUUAAACGCAUUAAAGUUCCCGGAUGGUGAAUAUUAUCAACUGAACAGUAUAGAGUUGCCUGAAGAAGAGACCCAUGUAUGCAAGGUCCUCGUGUUGGAGGAGAACUUGAAAGAACCAGAGCCACCAAGUCUGAGUGAGCGGCGGACAAAACCAACGUGUCCAUCACUUGAGGAACCACCAGAACUCGAGUUGAAACCAUUGUAUAGUCACCUGAAAUAUGCCUUCCUUGGAACAAAGAAAACUUUACCUGUGAUCAUUUCCGCAAAUCUUACUGAGCCUAACGAGCACUCUUUUUGCAGAUGCUGA